AUGGAAGUGAUCCUCGCUUUCGCAUGUGGACGGGGAUUUCUCCUCCUAUUACUGCCCUUCCUCCCGGAUAAUCCAUCAAUACCACCACCACCAACUCUGAAAAAGAAGAAAGGUUCCAGAAAGCGGGAUUCAUCACCACUCCCACUGGGCCCCAUCCCACAAAACUCCUCUCCACUCAACACCUGCUCCUUGCCUUCCCCUGUCCCAGCCAUUUCCAUACAUGGUCACUCAGACUGUCCAAACUCAGCCGUCUCCCCAAGUCAGGAGACUUCCAGAACCUUGUGCCUCUCCAGCUUGGCAAAAGGUGAAUCCCAGGAAGGCCACCAGACCUCACAAUUGCCAGAGGCCUCAUUCCUGUACACACCCCACACAGACAGACAGAGAAUGGGAGUUCCCAUGUCCUCAAUCCUGAGGGGCAGGAGUGCAGCAGGGAGUGCAACCCAGAACUUCUCCCUCCUGCACUGUGGGACUCAGCAGAGGCUGGAGACACACAUGGAAAGGCUCUGGGUGAGGCACAGGUGGGGCUUAGCCUUCAAGAUCAUCAAGGGCAUAUGCACCUUCAAACUGAAAAAGACUCAGGCCUCCCUGCCUGCACAGCCUGCCUCUUCCUCCUCAGCCCCAGCUAACUCCAAGGCUGACUCCAGCUGCCAGAAUAGGAAUUUCCUGGGAGAAUCAUCUCAGAAAUUUCCAGGAGAAAAGGUGAAAGCAGUUAUUGAAGUUCUGAAAACUCGGGGUCCUCUCACUGGUCGCUCAUUCAAAUACCCGGUAAUGACUCUAUCUGGUGACAGUGGUGGGCCCUCACAAGCUGUGCCAUGAGGACGUAAGAGCAGCUACAGUUCUCAGCCCCACAUGCUCGGCACUGAGGGCAGAGCCUGGCCUGCUGAUACUGUCCCGAGGCCAGGGAGAGGUAGCCUUGGCCAAAGGACAAUCUACGGAAUGGGCCGGUAUCAGAAACAGGAGAGAGGAGAUGCAGACUCCGGACACCUUUCCCCUGGAGUGUCAGCAUCAGAAAUGACUGUAGGAUCUCUAUACCCAAGAGGCAGAGACAUCAAGCAGACCAUGGAGACUGAGCAGAAGAAGCCCUUUGACAGGGUACUGACCAAGGCAGCCAGUGUGAUGUCAACCUCCCAUAACCCUCAUGUGAGUCUGAGGAGUUUCAAGUCUCUGGGAUCCAAUAAAAGCCUCCCCCGAGACCAGAAUUUCUGCUGUGCAGGACACAGGAGAUUCAUGCUUGGGUAUGCAGAAAGAGAAAGAAAAUGGGAUAGAGGAUCCAGCCACUGGGGUCCUCCUGCAAGACUUUGCCACUGGCGAGGUCCUUCAACACUCUUCCUUAGAUAUGCCUCUCUUGGACAACAUCCUGACUUCUCACAAGAGUCCACACAUCCCCCAAGGGGUGCUUACAAGUAGUGCAUCACCUUCCCCAGGCAUUGUGACCUUAGAGUGAGGGAGAGGAAGAGCCGGGAAUGAACGAAUCUCAGAAUGCCCAAACAACAGGAGCGGAGAGUGAGCAAGUCUUACAUGUGUGUUCCACCUGAGAAGAGAGUGAGCUUUGAGAGGCCCAAGCCACGAGGGAAGACAGACAGAUUUGCAGGAGGGAAGUGGGUUGGAGGGCUGAUUCCCUCUUCUCAGGUCAGGGAAGCAAGAGACACCAUGGGGAGCAAGUCCCUGUUCCUGGCAGAGAAGAAACCAGCACCUUCCAAAAGCUUCACUGGGACCAGAGUAACAGAAUUUGGGCAACACAUGCUGCACAACAAAGACUGAGCAGAGGCAGAGUCCCUGCAGAGAGUCCAGGCCCCAACACCCGCUACCCAAACUCAAGGGUCAGGCGCAAGCAGCAGACUCCCUAUGAACAGUGGGAGUGCUAAAGCCCAAGUGCUGGUGACCACUGUUGGACAGAUCCUAGAGGAGAAAAUGAGACUACAAAAUGUGGUUUCUGCCUCCAAAGAAACCUUGAGGAAAGGGGAAUCCCAGGGCAAUAGCUGUUCCUCCUACGAAAAGAAUGCUUCCUUACCCGAGCAAAACAGAAAGAUGAGCAUCAUGGGCUGUGGUCAGCAGGCCAGGCCUGAGCACCACAGCCAUUUUAUGACUACAGGAUUCAACAUAGACAGGGCAAGCAAUCCUGCCGUCCCACCAUGGGAGCCUGGGCCCCAAACCAGUCCACUCCACUGCAGGCCCAUGGGGCCUGGAGCCUCAGACAACCCCGUUCACUGCCCCAGGCACUGUGUUCUUCAGAAGCGUCUUCCCCAGUCAGUGUUAAGGUACUUCUCACACCUCCCUUGGGGAAAAUCCUUGCCGAGCAAACCUGUUCUGUCUGGCAUAAGCACAGCUUAUGUGAGCUAAUGGUGUCUUUCUAUGGAGACGUCUGUAAUUUCCCAGUAAAUGAUUUUAUCU